UGAACCAGCAAGAAACCCUUUCGCUUGCGAGCUCUUCCAAUGCCGGCAGCGGUUUUCCUGCUAUUUCUUGCUUGCGUGGCGUUUGCCCAUGCUGGGCGUGAGGGAUUUCUGGAUUGCUCAGGUGGUGACAACUCGGAGCACGCCUUGCGGCGUGCCUACAGGCUGAUAGUGAAAGGAAGCCAUCCGGACAAAGGCGGCAGCAAUGAGCAAACGGCUGAGCUCACAUCCCUGCGUGACUCGUUGCUCCGAGAGCCCUUGAAAUUUCAGGUGUUCAGAGCCAUGUUUGAAGUGGGCAGCCUGCAGCCUUUCAAUGCAAAUGCUCGUGCCCAGGUUCAGCUUCAAGAUGACUGGCCCUACUUGCAGGUGGAUGUUGAGUUCGACCAUGAGGGCUUGUUGAUGGAUGGCGGGAGCUGGACUUUUGCUUUCGGUUUGAAGAACGGAAGCACGGUUCACUACCGUGGUGACGAACGCCUUGGUGGCUAUGAUGUUUGCUGCGACUUCCUCCGCGACUCACGGUGUCAACGAAACACUAUGUUCACCGUUCAGCCGCUUCUUCUGUCCAAAGGGAAUUCAUCCGAAUCUUCACCAACAUGUCGGUCUCCUGGGCAGUGUGACGCAGGGACUUAUGCCAUUUCAGAUUGCCCUUAGCCCGCCCGUGUUGCAGCACGAGUGAAAAGGCCCUUGCACCAGAACAUCACUGGACAAUGGGGCGGUGCUCUGCAAGUGAGAAGCACAUCAGGGACAGAGGUUGCUUGUGUGGCCUUUGCGUUUUCACAUCGCAACGCAGAGGGACUUUCAGAGGGUCUAGGUGAGAAUUCCACGGAGGACACAACGGAGGAUUCUGCAAAUUUCAGAGAGGCGGCUCCAGAACGCGAAUCAGACACCUUUCAGCACGUCAGCAGUGGUUCCUUCUGUGAAGAUGGCGGCGACUUGCUGGAAGGUGCGCUGGACAAUUAUGGUGGCCUUUCACCCUUUGGAGGUGCACGUCGUGCCAGCGCAGAAAGCUCUCUCUUUUAUGGCUCGCGGUGCGGCGAGCGCUGCCAGCGGAGGCCACUCUGUCGCUUCUACACCGCCUACAGUAGUGGAUGGUGUCAGCUGUCCACCAGAUGCAACGUGCUUGCACGUACCGGUGAUCCUUUGACUGUGACCUUUGCCAAAAAAAAGAGACCGACC